AUGGCCGAUCCCGAAGACGAGAAAGAAGAUCAAGCUGGUCAGUCGACAGUUCCCAAUGGCGGAUUGCCCGGCUCGUCUACAGUGCUCACGCUACCUCCAAAGGUGGAUAUAUCAGUGCCGUCAUCGGCUCUGAUCGAAGAGUCUAUGCGCCUACUUGAUCUCAAAUCGUCUGUACCGCCUACAUACUCUCCUGAAUCUUUCACAUCAUCACGUCCUCCACCGAUUUCAUAUGACUCCGGUUACGGAUCCACAUCCGACUUCAGCACUGUUCGAAUUCCGAAGGCAACGCCAAGAUUUAAGAGGAUCGACUUUGACGAUCGGCUAGAACAUCUUUGCGAUGACAAGAAACCAUCAUGGAAAUUAUGGCAGGAAAGCGUUAAGGAGUCUUACCACAAGGCAAAACGAACAGUAGAAAGGAGCAAAGACGAAGCGCAGUUUCUUGAGUCGACGUUAUCGCGAACGAGGAGAAGUCGAGCUGAAAGCCCGUUCAGUCAUCUUGACAGGGACACGGGAUUCAUUCCCAGCGUCAGAUCUCAAAGUAGCCUCCUUAUGCCAUCUUUGGCUGACCGGUCGUUGCUGGCAUCCACUUCCUCAUCAGGGCGAAGUUAUGCAGCUGGCUCUGGCCCGUAUGCUGCGCCGGCGUUAUCGUUCUCUCAAGGAAUGGAGUCACGAUAUGAGCAACGAGCCAAUGACGUAGAAGCGAUGCUGCUGAAAACGGCGCCGUUACCGCAGCGAAUGAAGAUAACCACGAAAGAAUUUCGCAACGCUCCCGCUCCCUCGGCAGGAUCGGCAUCUGAACGUGACGACUACGAUUUUUCCGUGUACUGCCCCAAGCCGUACUACUCACGCCCUAAUCGAGAUGAUCCGGACUAUUUUGAUUUCGAUUUGCAACAUUCCGUAGAUUUAUUCAAACGACCUGAAGGGAAAUACACUCCACGAGGACCCCAAGAAUGGGAGACGAAAUUGCUUGGCGAGGUCAGCGCCAAAGGUUCAGCCCCUGUUUCUGGUUAUAUGUUCACAAAGGGUGACUCUGAUUGGCGUACGAAUGGCUCGUCGUACCUCAGUGCCGCACUUCGUACACCGAAAUUCUGGGAGCAACGAUUCGAGAGCCUUGGGAAGCAAGUGAGGGACAGUAACCCAAUCAGUCUCGACAGUAUCAACAGGAAUCGCCCUACUCCGAGCAGAUUUACCGAGUACUCCGAUCCAGAUUUCGAAGACUACGACGAUCCUAGAUCGGCCGAUUAG